AUGCCACGACGCUAUACCCUCUCGUCUUUCGUGCUAUGUUUGUCGCUCAUUGUUCUCAUGCCUGCUCUCGUCUCCGCCCACAUGAUUGAAGUGUCCGCCGGAAAGAAGGAAUGUUUCUUCGAAGAUCUACACGUUAAUGACAAAAUGACAGUGACCUACCAAGUUGGCGGUGGUGGUCACCUGGACAUUGAUUUCUGGCUUCAAGAUCCAGACAACAACGCCCUAGCGAACCACCAAAGACAGAGCACCGGCUCAAUAUCAAUCACAGCAAAGAGAGAUGGACGAUAUACGUACUGUUUCUCCAAUCUCAUGAGUACUGUCGUCGAUAAACUCGUCAGUUUCAACGUUCAUGGCGUAAUCUUCGUUGACGACGACGAUACCGUGGCACCCAUUGAGCGCGAAAUCCGUGCGCUAGCCAACGGCCUCACUGCUGUGAAAGACGAGCAGGAAUACAUCACAAUCCGGGAACGAAGGCAUCGAGACACCGCAGAGUCGACGAAUGCGCGAGUGAAAUGGUGGUCUAUCUUUCAGGCAGGUGUGUUGGUUGCUGUGGUAGCCUGGCAGGUAUAUUACCUCAAGUCCUUCUUUGAGGUCAAACGUGCAUUUUAA